CUGCGUGUGCGCACCUUGACGCUCCUCCCCGUUGCCGCGCGCACUGAGCGCACCGUGCGUCUGGAACGUCUGUGCGCGUGUCAGCGCGGUGCAGAGUCCACUGUGUCGCGGGUCCAAGCGGGUUGAGGCGCGAUGAAGCAGCGGGACGCGCCCCACCGGACGGACCCCGUGACCUUUCGCGCGAACCCUUCUUCGUCCCUCCAGGAGAUGCUGACCGGCGGGUAGUCGCAAACUUCGGACUUCGGUGGGGCUUUUUUUUUUUUUUUGUCGCUCUGCAAAAGGCGCACUGAGAUCAGCUGAGAGGGUCCCUGAGAUGACGGAAGUGGAGCCGGUGUUGGACUUUGCCUCCUCGGGGCGCUCGGGGAGGAGAAACGCCCUACCUGACAUCCUGGGCUCACCGGCAGGCGUGAACCCCGCCGACCUCCCUCUCAAGCUGGCUGAAAUGUCCCUCACGGAUGGUCCGGGAGGGGCCCAGUCCCCGACGGCGGAGGGGCCUCCGGCGCCGCCGGAGAGCUCGGAGGGCAAAGAGGGGUCGUAAGGGCUCGUUUUAUUUUUGGUUUUAGGGUUUUUUUCUUACCUUUUUUCUUACUUACCUCCCCGGAGACGCGCAGAGACGACCCGAGAGACACGGACGAGUUAGAGGGCGAGCCUGUGGGAGAGAGAGAGAGAGAGAGAGAGAGAGAGAGAGAGAGAAGCAGCCGAACCACGGAGGGAGAGUGAU